UAGCAAGAGACCUCGAAAGCCUAUUCAAGUUUAUACCUGGCAGCCGCCGCCACCAUAGCACCAUCCAGUGAUGCGCCAUCAGAUAGGGGCCAGCUCUACAUUACAAGAGACAAGAGCUGAACGUAAACUACAACCUCGUUCCUCCAAAAUCAACAGUCCACUGAACAAGCUGCACUUACAUAUUUUUUCAGUAGGCUAUCAGUUUAUGCAUUCAAUGUAAAUACAUUCAUCGCAAAGCAACCCUUAAAAACGAUUUUCUUUCUAUAGAUAUAAAUAAAUGUCUUGUACCAUGUAUUACAACUUUUCUUCGGUAUGAAUAUGCAAUGCCAUAUAAAGAAGGCAGUAUAUAGAACCAUAUAAUAUACAUUAUAACAGGAAUAAAUUAUAAAAUGUAAUGAAUGUAAUGAACAAUGACUAAUUAUGACUAUCAUUCUAUAAAGGGAAGAUAUUUCUAAAGAAGAUAACAGGACUUAUGUUGCAUACAGUAAUUAUAGGUUGAUGCCAACCCAGUGUGCUGGCCAUUUUGGGUAUUGGUCAUGAAUCCUGCUCACUCCUGAUGUACCGCCUGCUGAUGCCGUCCCUCUUCCCCUAACCACCGGUCUUCCUCUUGCCACACCACGUGCUCUACCUGUUCCUUCCUGUCCCCCUGCUAUGGGGAAGGGGACUUCAGUUCUUAUCAACAGUUGACAUUACACCUAAAGUCAAAGGUUGGGAACCACUGCCCUAUACCAUAAGCAGGCAUGACUGAUCUUAAACAAUAGGCUAUAUCAAUACAAUAUACUCUAUAACGGCUCCCUAUUCCAGUAUAUACUUUGGCAGAUUUUUGGCAAACACAUGCCCUUUUGGAAUGAAGGACUACUUCACAAUAUUAUACUACAGUAGGUGUUCAGAAUAAUUAAGAAUGAAUUAUUAACACCUACGAAUUUUUCAAAGCGUAAAUGGGUCCUUUUUUGUCAUUUCAGAAAUAAUAUUUUCUUCAUAUUUUGUUGAUGUAUGGACUGACAAACUACAUGUCCCCGGUUUUGAUAACUGAAGACACCUGUACACACGAGGCAUAGUUAUUUCAUAUUCGUUUCUCAAAUAAAACCUUCAAGGACGCAAUUGCUUUACUUCCUACUUUCACACCUGAAUAAGUUUCAUUUCUGCAGAAACAACCCAUCCCUUGGUCAUCCAGCGCCCUCACCCUCCCGUCUGACAUUUCAGCCAAUGAAAUACUUACAUUUGAUAAGUGGGAGGGAAUUGCGGCUUAGCUAUAAACGCAGACGCCUCGUUUCGUUUUGGACUCGUUGUAUUAACAAGGGAUCAUCAGCAGGGAUUCAUCAUGAUGGCUGUAUGUGGCAUACUGUGUAAAUCCGUCAUUCUGAUCUUCAACAUUUUGUACACUGUGGUGGGUCUAGCCUUUCUGGGGGUCGGUGUGUGGCUGAGAGCUCGCUACCCAGACUUCCCUUCCGGGUCUGGGGAUUAUGUGCUGAUAGCGGUUGGCAUAGUGAUGCUAAUCACUGCGAUCACCGGGGACAUUGGCGGCUGCGGAAACAAGUCCUCCUCUCUGGCAACGUUCUGUGUUCUGCUGGUCGUCCUGAUGGCAGCCCAGCUAGCCCUCUACGUCCAACGAGAAAAGGUGGACCACCGUCUGGUUGAGUUCUACGUAUUCCUGUACACGAUCUACAUCACCACCGCCGGAGACCCCGUGGUGGGAGGGACCCUCAGAGUGAUUCACUACACGAUGGACUGCUGUGGAGCCUUGGGAGUGGUGGGCGUGGACCCCAUCUCCCACACCUGCCCUGAGCCAUCAGGGUUCCUGGACCACUUCAAGUCUCCCUGUCCUACUGUUCUGGUGGACGUCAUGGGCAAAGGACCUCCUUUGGCCAUGGGCAUCUUCUACGGCAACGCUGUGCUGAUGUUGCUUUGUCUGCUUUGCAGUCUGGCUCUUUACAAAAUUCUGAGGAUGGCCGCUUCCCCUCGCUACACCCAGCUCACUCAGACUGUGGUCUCCAUCUCUGGCUCCCACGCCCAGCCCCACCUCUACCCUUACCUCUACCCUGGUGACGGUGUCGUCCUAACCGCCAUGGAACCCGAACUGCUGGCUGAGGCCUAACUCUGCUCAUUCUCACUUUCUCAGCCCUUUUGUUAGGCAAGGGGUAGCGUUCUUCACCUCCUAUCCUACGGUCUCCCUGACCCCCACUCCUCCUUCUCCCUCUCCUUUGGUUCGCCUUCUACAGGUAGCAACCCUGGCGGCUGCUGGGAUCCUCUUGGGACUUCAGAGGAAACCCAUGACCCACCAGCUCCUUCCACAAAACAUCGGCGUUUACUGAGCUCCUUCUCUCCCCUAAGCCUGUUUAGUCAUUUAGUCAAACAUCUUUGAAGAUGUCAAGUCCGUUUUUUUAAACCCUUUUUUAUAAAUUGUUACAUUGUUGGUAGCCUUGCAUCCUUGCUCGCUUAACAUUCCAGUUGGUAUUCUUAGAGUUUAAAACUGCACAUGUUAGAGAUUACAUGGGCAAUUUUGUUUGAUUAGUUUUAUAUUUAAAAAUGAUGUUCUGGGUCAGCUCUUGCACUAAGCAGUUGUUUUUAGUUUUUUUUACGUUUAAUAGUGCAAUGCAUCCAGAGCCUUUUGCAAUGAAAACGUAAUAUUAUUGAUAGUAUUAUUGAUAGAUAAAAAGCUAAAUGUGAAAGGAUGUUAUUUUAAAGAUUAACAUGUGAAUAUAGACGCACAUUCCUAGCCUUUUCUGGUUGAUGUGGAAAUAUCAAUCGUAGCUAUCUACAAAAUAUUUUAACACUUCGCAUAAGUCACUUGAAAAGGCAUUUCCAUACAUUCUUGGAUAGUUUGCAUUUGCGUUGCCACUGUAGCCACGAAGUCUGAUACUGAAGUCAAUCGACUGACUUCUUUGUUGUAAUGAUUCCUUUAAAUGUCUUACCGACAUGACAAAUUCCCCCUUGGUGUAUUUUGAUUUAACUUCGUCUCUCCCGCCAUGGUCAUUCCAAAACUCAAUUCUAAACCCAUGAUGGUCAGUGCCCCUCAUCUUUGUUUCAUUUUUAUUAACUGUCCACGAUGUGAAUGUUUCCCUUUAAGAAUAAUGUACAGCGAUUGUCUAAUGAAUGUAUGCUUGGUAACUUUGCUGCCUGUAUCCUCCCAUUUUCAUGCUCUAUUAAAUAAAAUAUUUUGCUGUC